GUACUCUCUCCUCUCUAAAACUCUCACCUUUUCCCUCUCUUUAAAAACUUCCACUUUUUCCUGCUCCUUCACCAGCUCUCUCACACACACGAUGGGCGGCGCUCACAACCGUUCCUCUUUCAUUCUCACCGCCGCUUACUCUCCCUGAAAAGCUCCCCUCUUUCCUUCCCUUUCCUCCGAUCCGUAAUCCCAAAAAUUCGAAUCUAACUCCUACCGCCGACGGCACUCACAACCGGCUACUCCCCUCCGAUUUGAACCCCCCCAAAAACCCGAACCUCACUCCCACAACCAGCGACACUUUCGUUUUUUUUUUCUUUGUGGUUACUGGCUGCUAGAUUUUUCAAUUUUUUUUUUAUUUUUGAUGCUGCUAGGGUUUUUUUUGGUAGCCGUUCCCCCUUUGUAGCUACUACUGUAGCAUAUUAUACCCGAUUACGAUUUCGGGAGUGCCAUUUUCCACCCUCUGCCAGACGCGAAUCGACUGAAUUCGAGACUGUAGCGGCAGUUAAUCCCAAUGGAAAAUCGAAUAAGAAAAUCUAAUAAGAAAAGAGCUGCUGAUGAUCCAGACGUUGCAACUACAAGAGGCAUAAACUAUACUGGUCAUGGAGAAAAUGUAGAUGGAGUCCUUGAUGAUGAUCUGAAUGAGCCUACCAUGGGUGAGAAACUUGCGAGUUUAAAUUUAGUGGAAAAUGGAAAAACUGAAUCCCAUGAAAAGCAAGAAAGAGAAGAAUCUUCUCCUCUUGCCAAGCCUCCCAUUGCAGAUUCAGUUAAUGUUCUGCUUAAGCAGGCAUUACAUGCUGAUGAUCAUGCACUUCUACUAGAUUGCUUAUACACUCAAGAUGAGAAGGUUAUUGCAAAUUCAGUCUCUCAACUAAAUCCAUCUGAUGUUCUCCAGCUUUUACAAUCUCUUAUAUCUAUAAUUCAAUCAAGGGGUGCAGUAUUGGCAUGUGCCCUACCAUGGAUAAAAAGUUUACUUCUUCAACAUGCUAGUGGAAUUAUGUCCCAGGCAUCCUCUCUGCGUGCUCUGAACUCUUUGUAUCAGCUUAUUGAAUCUAGAGUCUCAACUUUUAAAUCUGCUCUUCAAAUAUCAAGUUGCUUAGACUUCCUAUAUGCAGGGAUUGUUGAGGAUGAGUUCGAUGAGAAUGCCACAAUCCCAGUAAUAUUCGAGGACAAGGAUGAAAGCGACGAAGAGGAAUCUGAAGAUGCAAUGGAAACUGAUCAAGGGAGUGAAGAUGGGGAAGCACUUGAUGAUGAAGCAUUUGAUGGGGUCAGUGAUUUUGAAGGAAUUGAUGAUAUGAGUGACUGAUGGGAUAAUUAUGGCUGCUUUGGUCUCAUUCUGUUGGAAGCUUGUACAAUGAUUUGUCAGCCUUCGAAAGAAAAACCAAAGCAAUGAGUUUCACGGACAGUGACAUUGUUUCUCACUGGAAAAUAUAUCCCAUACAGCUUAUACUGAAGAGCAAACAGGAAGAUACCUCAGAUUUGGUUUCUGACAAGACGAAAGUAAUUGGAGUUUAACGUGUAUGCCAGGAAACAUAGAUACAUGUAGGAGAUUGAUGCAAGUUGCAGGUACUGUUGCUAUUCCUGGAUUGCACAGCACUAAUUUAUGAAAGGUUAUUAUACAGUGGGAGGUAUCAUGCUUUUCGUUCUUUAGUUGGAAUACUUGAUUUAUUUGAUUUUCCUUUUUCGAACGAAUACACAAAAUCCUUUGUCAUUCAGUUUUAGUGUCUCCUGAAUUUAGCAAUUUUGUAGGGUCUGUGCAAACAUGAUGUAGAAUAUGUGAGAGGGUAGUGCUGUAAGAUGCCUAUCCGUUUAACAAAUUGAGAUAUUUUGCCUUGGUGCAAAAUCUAUGAAAUUAGAGCUUGAACUUGCUGCAUUUUGCUUCU